AUAAAAAGAUUCAAAAUAAUAAAUACAAUUAAAAUGUCAUACUAUGCAAUGUACGGUUCUAUUAUGUAAUAUAUAUUACGGAAACACUAUAUUUGACCUAUUAAAUAUUACAAUUAUUUGGUUACGCACUUUAAAAACACCUGAAUCUAAUAUAUAAUCUUUAAGUUCUUAUUCAUUGUAAAGUGUAUUGUAGCAAAUAACCAUUAUUAAAGACAGUAUCCAUGGUGUGUGUGUGUGCACGUGUGCGCGUGCGUGUGCUAACUCACGCUCUGAUAGGUUGACUGAGUGGCAGGGCCCGACACUCCAGUUCCUCCCUGCUGUAUGACAUAAGAAGAAGGACGUGCAGCAAAUACACACACACACAUACAUACACACCCUAUACUGACAGCUGCAUGCCUGAAGAUGACCCUCAAUCACAUCUGGAGCUUUCUCUGCUUUCUGACAGCAGCGUCUGCUGUUACAGUGAAAUACCCGAGCAUCAACGGCUCUGAGACCCUGAACUGCGAGUGUCCGGACCACCAGUGUCAGAAGGUGUACUGGUACCGUUUACUUAAGAACAGAGAUACACCGGAGUUUCUGAUGCACACCAACAUUUUUAACAAGCCGAACUAUGCUAAAAACGUUGAACAAAACCGCUUUAAGACUGCUUUCAUCGACUCAACAAAGGCGUUAUUCACACUGCGCAUCACUGGCAUACAGGAGAAAGACGCAGGCUUCUACGCGUGCCUGCUCAUCAGUCAUAAUUCAGCACAGGAUCCCAAAGAUCUGAUGCCUGAAGGAUAUUCCAUCAGGCCUGGAGAAAGCAUCCCCACACUGCCACCGACAACAGUGAAAAAUCCAAAGCGUGUAAAUCGUCUGCCCAACAUCUGCAAGUCCAACCAUCAGUCUCUGAAAGGUUGCAAGUCUCUGGUCCUUUGGUCGGGCAUCUCUGCUGUCCUACUCCUGGUGGUGAUCCUGAUCUCAACACUGUAUUACUUUAGCAGACUACCCAAGAAGUGUCGACAUCGCUUUGCUAAAAAGCAGCAGCUGAGAUAAGACGGGACCAGCAGGCCGUAUCGGAGCACAUCACUCCUCCAUCGUGGCAAACCUUUUUCCUGUAAAUGAAUCAUCUGUACAAAGAAACUUACUUUUGUUUUUCUAAUCAUCUUUGCGAUGUCCUUUCCUCAUGCUCGAAUCAGAGACUCUUGAUCAUGGUCAUAGUUCUUCAUGGUUUCCAUCCAUGUUACCUAAUAGUAUUGUUUAUAGUUAUUUAUUCCUUGAGCAAGAUGCUUAUAUUCGAAACGACCUACAAGUAGACAGAUUACAUUCCGAUCAUCGAGUAGUGCAGUUAAGGGUUCGAGUGGCCGAUUAACGACGUUAGAAUACAUGGUAUAUGAAAAUGCUUGUUUGUUCUGUGUUUGUUUUUUAUUUUAUUACAUUUCUUUUAAUGCAUAUAAAUUGUUAGCUGACAUUCAUGGCAUUCUGGUGGAUUUUAAAGCAAACACACACCAGAGCUGCUCUAAUUCUAGAAAUAGAAAGAAUUUCCCUAGAAAUACAGCUUGAAAUCCUCUGCAGUUCCAAAGACUUCAAUGAACUUUUAAACGUCAAAUCAGAACUCUGAAUUAAAUCAAAGCAAUCAGCAACAUGGUGGUGUGUGUUACAGUUAAUUAUUUUCCUAUAACACAAUGUGGGGUUUUUUAUGUUUUGAAGAAAGAUUUUUUUACUCAUACUUUUUUUUAUCCAGUAAUACUUACAUUUAAAUGUUUGUAACAUCCACGUAACCUGCCGCUUGUGUUCUCUUUCUCAGGAGGUUUCUGUGAUAAGAAAUGCAGCUUGUCAUGUUUCAGAGAAAGCUCAAAGCUCUCUGUCCUGAAGUCUUUCCUGUAUUGUAAAACUUUACCUACGACUUACAAAAUACUGACACCGGAGACUCCUUCUUUAAAUGCUAAAUAAACGUGUCGUCACCGGAAACCUCGCAAUUACCUUUCAACAAUUUCAUGUUGUUUUUUUUCCCUUGUCUAAGCUGUUACUAUAGAAACGAUAACGUAUUUGCAUUAACAGAAACCUUGCAGCUGCUCUGUUAUAGAAAAUUAGUCAACACCUUCUGGCCAAUCAGAAUUGAGAAUUCAACAACGCUGUAGUGUAAUAUGUUUUAAGUAAUGCAUUAACUAGUGUCUAGUCUAUCCAGGGCUAUGAAUUUUGCAACCACAAGCAUGUUAAUUGUUUGAAUUCAUGUUGGUUUAUGUGGACUUAUUUUUGCUCACAGAUGGCAUAAACACUGUUUAAUGCGUCAUUUAAAAAAUAAAACAUUCAACAAACAAAUGAGUUAAUACAGCCUUUGUUAAGUGUUUUAAUACUGAUGGGCUGUAAGUAAUGUUACUAAAAGUACCUUAAUGCUACUUUAUUAUUCGCCAUACUUUGUGCUAGCUAGUGUGCUGGACGC